CGGAGUAAACAAAGUGCGAUGAAUGGAGAAGUGAGUGGUUCAUUGAUGGCCUCACCUUCCCGUCAGGUUGGCUAGACUGAUACAGACUGGUUCCGGGCGCAGUCGAUGGCAGGCGUUGGUAGUGGCAGCACGGGAGCAACCCACCGUGCAACAGAACCUCUAGCGAUGGAGAGCUGGCUCUUGGACGUAAAGAGGGUGCGGAUCCCCCGGCCCAAGUUCCAAGCCGGUGCCCUCAGGUACCCUACUGAGCCUCCUAAGGACUACUACGUCUCCGAGGAGAGUGAGAAGGCCAAGAGAAGCUUGGAGAAGGCCACGGAAGAGCUGAGGAGAGGGAUACAGGAGAAGCUGUAGCCGUCGCGCUCUCGAUUUCGUCAAGAGAAAGCACAGUUGAGCUCUCCGGUUAUGUGUUUGUCACCUAAUACCUGGUUCAAUUAGAUCAUAAGUUUUUGCAGUGAGCUAGUAGACUGUCUACUUUCGAGCAUUUUUACCGGAGUCAGGCCGAGCUAUAAGCAGUGAAGUUGAUUGUGAUUACUGGCUUAGCUUUAGUCGUUAAAUUCCAAUAUCUAUUACUCACUUUCACCGAUACGGUUAAGAUAUUUAUUAUCGUUUACUCUUUUAAAUGUACAAGUCACGUAAGUGCCUAUUCUCUUUAUGCAGUAUGUCAUUCAAUAUAAAGAUAAAACGAUCAGUCCUGCAGAAUAUCAUAAACGUGAUUCCUCCCAACGUUGGUGUAAGGCUUUCAAUUUAUAUCGAUAGAGCUAAGUAUGUCGAAGAAUGAAUAGAGGAUAGCGAUUAUUUGUGUCUUUUUAAACAGAGUUCCAAAUUAGUUAUUUUAUUACAAUUUAUUUCAUAGGUUGUAUAAACCCUUUUACGUUGAUUAAAUGUGGUGAUAAAUUAAAGCAAUUACAAUAAGAGAAUGAUUUCCUUUCAAGCAGUGAGAGAACAAUAACUGCAUCGGUGUACUGCAGGGAACUAGAAGGAAAAUAAUAUUUUGUAUAAUUCUUUGGAAGUAGAGUGGGUGUUUUAUUUUCAGACUUUCAACGUUUCAAGAAUUCAUCAAGAAAUGCAUUAAAGGGACGUACCGCAUUCACGUUUUGAGAGGUAGAAGAGUUACGAGGGCUGGGGGGAGGGGCUGCAACACUUCUCUUGUUUCCAUUUAAAGUCUUGUAAUUGCGUUUCCUUUCAUAUAUUACAAAGAAAUUAUAACUUUUGAUGUGUAUUUAUUAAAAACAUUGGAAAGUGUACGUUUACGAAUGUUUUCACAGUCAUUUUUAGGUACAUUCUGAAUCGAUUAAUCGCAUUUUCACUGUCAAAAGACGCCACAAAAGGGUUAGCUCCAUUGUAUUUUGUUAUAAUGCAUGUUUAAAGAUCAUCCAUUCAAGAUUAUUUUACUCGCAUUACUCAAAUGUGUUCCUUUUUUCACGUAAGACAUGUUAACGUACCUUUCCAAUGUGAAAUAGUAUAUUGAGAUUUGGUAAUUUUAGAGAAGAAAGUUUUUUAUAAAUGAGUAUAUAAUGAAAUUCAAUUAGGCACCAUCUUAAAAAUUAAUUAAAUGAAGUAAACAAUAACUUUUAUACUACACAUACUUGUAACACUGUUUUAUUCUUUCUCCACAAUCAUGUAAAUAUAUAUUGUAGUUUUAAGACUGUUUAAUCUUAAUAAUAUAUUACGUUGUUAUAAUGUUAUUAAAUUGUAAUAAAACGUUAUAAAA